CAGCAAUGGGAUUUGUAUUGCUUGUUUGGCUUUUCUCUAUUUAUGUUGUAUAUUUACUAUCUGAUAUUCAUUUUUCUAUUGAGGGUUCAUUAAUGAUCUGGCCUUGGCUUGUGGCCAUGAGGUGUUUGUAAAGACUGAGUACCCCCAGUUAAAGGCACAUCAAAUUAGCGAAACAUCCAGAGACAGACCGGAAAUUUUACGAGACCGCCUUCACAAUAAAAGCCUGCAAUUUGGGUGUGGAUUGAACAUGUUUUCGCUCGGGUGGUUAGAAGAGUCUUUGAGGAUUCUAAACAUAUAAUUGGGACAACGCUGCGUGUAAAACGUCCCAUGUUAAACAUACGUCAUCGAAUACACCGGUUACCUCAAUGUCCUGGAUGGUACAGUGGCUAAAGUGUGGCGCGCAUAAGGCACAAAUGGGGCCCCGUUAAAUCCGAUUUGUGAUUUGACUGUGAAAUACUUUAUCUUACCGGAAGUUUAAGCAUUUUCCCAACCAUAGUACUCUUGACGGUUACUUUCCGGUAAAUAUGUGAGGCGGCGAUAACAGCGAAGGGCGGGCGGGGUUUCAACGGAAGAGCUGGCGUCGACGAUUCGCGGUGGAGUAACGGGAUAUGAGCGGCGGCGGCGGCCGAGCAGAGCACACCGUCAUGGGGCCUCACCUGUUCUUACUGUGGCUGAUAUGGGUUUGUUUUGUGCAGAGCUCUGGUAUGUCGUCUCACGUAAACAGAUAUGAGGUGGUCAGACCCCAGAGAGUGCAGGAGAGACAGAAGAGGAGUCUGCAGGAAAACCAGCUUUAUCCGGAUACAGUUCGGUACAAGUUGGACAUUGAAGGAGAGAAUCACACAAUUUAUCUGGAAAAAAACAGAAAUCUUAUUGGGAGAGGCUACACUGAAACACACUAUUCAGAAGAUGGGAAACGAGUGACAGCUUCACCAGUUGAGGAGCACUGCUACUAUCAUGGUCACAUUGAAGGCAUGGCGGAGUCUUCAGUCAGUGUGGGCAUUUGUUCAGGUAUUAGUGGCUUUGUAAGAGCCCAGCAGCAGGUUUAUCUUAUUGAGCCUCUGGGACAAUCUGAGGAUGGUGAGCACGCACUUUACAGACAGGAGAACCUGAGGACCAGUGGCAGCCCCAGCUGUGGCUCCACGUCCAAUGCCACCACACUGUAUGACCAGGACCAGGACCAGGGUCCUCGGGUGGCUGGGCUUUUCGGGUCCAGUCCAUGGAAAAUGGAACUCACUGCAGGCCCACAGAGGUUUGUGGAGCUUUUUGUUGUGGUGGACAACACUGAGUAUAAACAAUAUGGAAGUGAAACUAGAGCCCGUAUUCUUGGAGUUAUAAAUCAUGUUGACAAGCUAUAUCGCCCUCUCAACAUUCGCAUCAUGCUGGUGGGCUUGGAGAUUUGGACAUACAAAGACUACAUUGAUGUUGAUGUUAAUUCAAGCAGGACUCUGGACAAUUUCCUUUUGUGGCGUCAGACCGAUCUUCUGCAGAGGAUGAAGCAUGACAAUGCCCAGUUUGUGACUGGCAAAGAUUUUGACAAAGAUACAGUUGGACUGGCAAAUAAGUUUGCCAUGUGUACUGGAAACUCGGGUGGAGUCAAUCAGGAUCACCAUGACAACCCAAUAGGCCUCGCCUCCACCAUUGCUCAUGAGAUGGGACAUAACUUCGGCUUAUCCCACGAUGCUGCAGUCUGUGUGUGUGGUCCUUCUUACAGCAGUGGGGUCUGUGUAAUGGCAGAAAAGCUCAGGACAGGAAGUCAAAUGUUCCCGGAGUUUUUCAGCAGCUGCAGUGUGGAGCAGCUUGCUGAGUUCAUGGCGCGAGCUCAGCCCAGCUGCUUGCAUAGACCCAGCUCGGUUAGGACCAUCACUGUGGGCCCCCACUGUGGUAAUGCCCUGCUGGACCCUGGAGAGGAGUGUGACUGUGGCACUGUUGAGGAAUGCAAGAACCCUUGUUGUGAUGCUUCAACUUGUCGCCUGACUGAAGGAUCCCAGUGUGCUGAUGGACAAUGCUGUGACAAGUGUCAGGUCAAAGCAGCUGGAAGUGUGUGCAGGAAGUCAGCCAGUGAGUGUGACCUGCCUGAGUACUGCACUGGAAAGUCAGAGGACUGUCCUGUGGAUGAGUUUGAGAUGAACGGAAAGCCCUGCUACAACAAGGCACAGGGCUACUGCUACAACGGCCAGUGCCCCACACAUGAGCACCACUGCUGGAGGCUCUUUGGACUAGGGGCCAAAGUUGGGCCCGAUAGGUGUUUCAACCUGAACACCCGUGGCGAGGAAGGUGCCAACUGUGGAAGGAACAAAUUUGGCUACACCCCCUGCACAACACAGAAUCUUAAGUGUGGAUCAAUAUUUUGUGGAGGAGGGGGUGAGUCCAUCACAGGGAAAAGGGCAGCCUACAACGUCGGCAUAGAAUGUAAACUAGCCGUGGAUGAUGACAAGAGCCGAAACAUCGACAUGGUGCCUGAAGGAACCAAAUGUGGACCAGAUAAGGUUUGCCUCAACAACAGAUGUGUGGAAACAUCUGUUUAUGGGAAACAGGAGGAGUGUGCAAAGAAAUGCAACAACAACGGGGUGUGUAAUCACAAGGAGGAGUGUCAUUGUAAUCCUGGCUGGGCUCCACCUCACUGCAACAUCCAAUAUGCAGAUUUACCUCAAGGUCAGAGUGCAGUAAUAGCUGGUGUGUCUGCAGCUGUCGCCACCAUCCUGGUGAUCGCUGCAGUGAUUGCUGGCCUGUUGUGCUGUAAGAGGGACAACAUGGAUAACUACAUCUCCAAAAGGUUUCAACAAGGAUUCAGUCAUUGUGUUUCCUAUCUGACUCUGCUCCAAGGCUGUUUCUUGGCCUCCAUUUCCCAGCUGACUGAAUUUUAUGUCCACAGGAAAGUGCAUUCAGCUCCAGGCAAGUUGAACCCGAUGUUCCGGGAACCAGGCAUUAAUGAAAAACCUCAGAUCGGUCAGCCUACUCUGAUGGCAUCAACAGCCACACACGCCUGUGCUCCUCUCACUGUUACUGUGACUCCCAGCAGACCCGCUCCACAGCCACCAAAGACGUUCUCUCCAGUGUUGUCUACCUCACAGACGGAGCAGGUAAAACCUCAACCGCCAUCUAAACCAUUACCACCUCUGAAUAAAUUACAGAAUAAGGCAGCCAAACCAAACCCUCCUCCUGUACCUCCAGUCAAGCCCAGUCCUCCUCCAGCUGCCCGAGUCAAGCCCUGUGCACCUCCACUGCCCCCAGUGAAGCCACAAUUCCACAGACUCACAUGAAAUUCUCAUCAAACGUAUCAAGUUUAACCAAAGAAGAAGCCAUGAGCGUGUAGUUGUUCAUAUACGGUAGAAAGAGAUCAGAGGGGUGAGUCACAGAGGAAACUUUGGAAAAGUUUCCUCUUCAAAGCCUUUAGAAAAGUUGUGCGUGACUGAGGCUUUACUGACUGAGAAUGUCUUUGACGACAACAGCUCCUGUGGCCAAGAGGGUUAUUUUGGGGGGGACGCAACAUACCUGUUGUUACAAUUCUUUCUGUCAACUUUGUAACAAGGGUAACGUUAACUUGGCAGCAAAAUGACGCCAACAUAAAACCGUACUUUAUAAAAAAAAAUUUUUUUGUUAUGUUUAUGAAAGGGACUGUAUGAAAAUUACUUGGGGGAGGUGUCAAAAAAGCAGAAGGGUUAUGUAUUUCUAAUUUCUGCUGAAGGGAGGAUACAUUUUUGGAAGAGCAGGGGAGGGUUUCCAUUGCAAGAUACUUUUUUACUUUUUUUUUUGCAAAAGAUGUGCAUAAACGGUGGUGGAUGAAAACCCACCUAUUGACAUUUGUAACUACAUUAGACUAAUCCUAUCUCUUUCUCAACAGUCCUGUGGCUCGCUUCACAUGUUUAGAUAAGGACUGUAGUUUCUGAAAAGCAACUCACCAUCAUUGUUAGUUCAGACAUGUCUGUAACAUCAGCAGUUUUAAUAGAGCUGGCAACUCAGCUGCACUCUGUCCCAAUUAUUUUCAUACUAUCCCUAAACUGUGUCCAGAACCAGUCUGUGCCUUCUUUAAUUUAGUAAAUAAUUGCACUGUACUUGAAAACCGAUGAAUGGUACAUACAGUUUUGGGAGGCUUUGCACAGUUCAGAUGACCUUUGUGUGUUAUUGUAGUUUGCGUGAAACAUUUACAUGCUCCUUUGUUUGCCUGCGGUCCCAGGCAGGGUGCACGACAGAGCCUCAAGGAGCAGUUACUGCACUGAUAUUUAUAUAGAGAAACAUGGGGUUUAUACACUGUGUGUUAAACUGUGAGUGCCUCACUGAUUGGUCUUAAAAUACAAAACAUCAGCUGACAUGA